AUGACGCAGGUAUUUGUUCGCCGGAACAAUAACAGGAUCGGUGAAAAUUCCGCUGCGGACAAUUCUAUUAUCGAAGAAAUUACUUGCAUCAACUUCAUGUGUCACGACAAGUUGCAUGUUCAGUUAGGACCACUCAUCAACUUUAUUGUUGGCCAUAAUGGUAGUGGAAAGAGUGCGGUCUUGACCGCUAUCACUCUAUGCUUGGGAGGGAAGGUCGCAUCGACAAAUCGUGGUUCGAGUCUCAAGAGCAUGAUCAAGAGUGGAAAGGAACAAGCUGCUCUGAUCAUCAAAAUGAAGAACAAGGGCAACGAUGCAUAUCAACCAGACAUGUUUGGCGACUCGAUCAUCAUUGAGCGUCAUUUUAAUAAGUCAGGGUCCAGCAGUUACAAACUGAAGAAUGCCAAUGGAAAGCUCAUUUCGUCAAAGAAAGGUGAUGUCGAUGAUAUUAUCGAGUACUAUCAACUCCAAGUCGACAAUCCCAUGAACGUCUUGACUCAGGACGCGGCGAAGUCCUUCAUCCAGACCUCAACACCGUCACAGAAAUACGUCUUUUUCCACCAAGGCGUUCAGUUAGAGGCACUGGACAAUGACUACAAACUCUUGUCAGAUACUUGCGAUCAGAUUGAGACCAAAUUGAACGAAGCCAAAGAGGGUAUCCUCGAACUCAAGAAAAACGCGGAGGCUGCAGAGGCCAAGUCUGCUGUAGUUCGCCAGCAUGAGGGCAUGCGACGGAAGUGCAAAGAAAUGACAAGAAAGCUUGCUUGGGCACAGGUCUUCGAGAUAGAGGAAAAGCUACACCAGAAGGAGAGGGACGUAACAGACCAUGAGCAGCAAAUCGAAAAUUCUCAGCGUAGAAUAGAGGAGAAGUCUGAAGAGUUUGAGGUUGCCGAUCGGAAUUUGGAGCUUGCCACACAAGCACAAGCUUCUCUGCAAGAAGGACUUACGCCACUGAAGGAUGAAGAGGAGGUUGCGAAGAAUGCCCACGACGAUGCAGUGAAGCAAGUGAAAGCAUUCGCCGUCAAAACGAAAGAAAUGAAGGGCAACCUGCAGGAAGCAGAGAAGAAGGUGAAGGAUUACAACGGAAAGAUCACGGAGCAUGUGCGGCUGUUGGAAGAAGCUAACGGAGGCGCACACGCUCAGAAGCUUACAGAGCUUGCAGAAGCGGAACGAGCUGCUGCAGACGCCCUCGCAGCGGAGAAGCGAAAUAAAGAGGAAUUGCCUCAACUGGAGAAAAGCCGUUGGAAUGCUGUUGAAGCAUGCAAGAGCCUUGACAACCCUUUAUCGAUGAAACGUAGAGAAGUCGAGAUCGCCCAGGAGCGCCUACAAAGUUUGAACCGCGAUCGAGGCAACGUCAUGGCUGGCUUCGAUGCAAAGAUGCCCAGACUGAUUCAGGCGAUCAAAAACGAUCGUGGCUUCCUCGAGACACCGGUCGGUCCAAUGGGUCUUCACAUCAAACUAAAUAAUCCUAUCUGGUCGAACCUCCUAGAGUCAACCAUGGGUAGCAACCUGACAGGGUUUAUAGUCACUAGCAAAGCUGAUCAGGUCCGGUUGUCGAAUUUGCUAAGAAAGGAGAGGAUGACUUUCUGUCCGAUCGUCAUUGGCAACCAUCAUCCGAUUGACACAACAGGGAAUGAACCCGAUGAGCAGUUUGAAACAAUCUUGCGGGCCUUGGACAUCGACAAUGAUCUUGUAAAGCGCCAGCUAAUCAUUACUAUGGGCAUCGACCAGUCAAUUUUAGUCAAGCGAAGAGAAGAAGGUUUCAGGGUUAUGUAUCAAGGACCCAGACCUAGGAACGUUCGGCAAUGUUUCUGUUUGCACGAUUCAGAGAGAGGUUUCGGACAUCGCUUGGGUUUUACUGGGUCUGGAGGUGUCCACCAAGAUAUCACACCAAUCUCACCUCCCAAACACAAACCACGUAUGCAGACCGACAUUGAAAGCCAAGUUUCUUAUCAAAGGGAGACAGUGACAGAACUUGAGUCGCAGUUGAAAGCACUUGAAACCCAAAAACGCCAGCUUCAGACCACUCAACAGAAAUGCGAGAGCGCGCUUGGUCGCCAUAAGCAAGAAUCCAACAAGCUCAAGAUUGCUGUACAGCGUGCGGAACAGAGAGUCGACAACUUGAGAGCUGAAGCUGACAGAUAUCAACCGGAAGAUGGUGUGGUUGAUGGGCUCAAGGUGAGCUUGGGAGAAGCCGAGCAAGAACUAGCCAUUUGUCAAGAAGCAUAUGGGAAUCUCGCGUUGGAAAGAACUACUCUUAAUGAAGCUUCGCUUGAGAAAAAGCGCGAGCUCGAUGCAGUCAGGGCGAGGGUCACAGAAUAUGAGUUCUCAAUGGAGAAGGCAGACCAGAAAGUCAAGAAUCGAGAGCAGGCCCGGAGAUUGGUUCUUGGCGAGAAGAACCAAGCAAUUCACAACAUCGAAGAGCUUCGUGCGUCAAAAGAGAUCGCCGUUCGAAAACGGGACGGCUUGGUUGAGCAGGUUGCUAGCUUUGUUGAAGAGGCCAAAAAGAUUUGUGCUGAAAGAGUCUAUCUUGAACCUGGGGAAACUUAUGCGAGUCUCGGUGCUGCAUUCGAGAGGCUCAAGGCACGCGUAAAAGAGGCUGCCAAGAGACAAGGCGGCUCAGACGAUGAAAUUCACAAUGCGGCACUGGAGGCAAAUCGAAUCUAUGAUGAAGCAAAAGCUAACCGUGGUGAGCUCCUGGGAUUACUGGGAUUGCUCAAGGAAUCCUUCAUGAAGCGAAUGCAGAUGUAUUGGCGUUUUCAGAGAUACAUAUCGGCCAGGUCUCGCAUCAACUUCAACUAUCUUCUCAGCGAGCGGGCAUUCCGUGGCAAAUUGUUAAUCGAUCAUAAGGCUAAGAAGCUUGAUGUACAAGUUGAGCCCGACGAAACAACCAAGAGUAGCAAAGGUCGACAGACUAAAACUCUCUCUGGUGGUGAGAAGUCGUUCUCAUCGAUCUGUCUGCUUCUCGCGCUCUGGGAGGCAAUGGGUGCACCAAUGCGUUGCUUGGACGAAUUCGACGUUUUCAUGGAUGAUGUCAACCGUGACGUUUCCACGAAAUUGAUUAUUACUGGCGCCCGUCGCUCCGUUGGGCGACAGUUCAUCUUGAUCUCGCCGAAGGCUCUUGGAGCUGGUGCUGCGGAUGGUCCGGAUGUUAAAAUCAUCAAACUUCACGAUCCUAGAGAGAGGCAGAGAAGGAUAGAUGAGAUGGUCGAAGAAGAUUAG